AUUAAUUUAGUAGAAAUAAAUAAAAUAAAGUAAAAGACAAGCAAAAUAGCAAAAAAAUAAAAAACAAGUAUUAAGUUAGCUAUAGAAAAAUAAUAAAUGCUUAGCUUUAAAUAAAUAAUUUAAAGAAUACUAUAAGCAUAUUCGGAAGUUAGUUCUUCUAUUUAUGAUAACAUACAAAGGCCUUUGUGGCUUUGUUACAUACUUUAAAUUCUAAAAUACUAUUAUUUGAUUUAAAUGAAUUUCACAAGUGAAAUAGGUAAUUAAGCAGGAAGCUUUUAGUCAAUUUAAAAUCUAAUUUUGUUUAAAAGUAUAAAGAAUUCUAUACCAAGAGAUAUAGUACUUAACAUAUUAUAUUUUGUUUUGGCAUUGAACAUAUUAACUAUUGGAUAUAUUAUUAUUAAACUUUUUCUUAUCCUUUUUGAAUUUAGUAAAAAUUUCAAAAUUUCUGUUAUAGACUAUUUUCUUAGCUUUUAUUGCUAUGCUUUAGCUUAUCCUUCACUAUACUUAAGCUUUAUUUGCAUUUAAUAAAUAAAUUACAUCGCUUUAAUGAAUGCAUUUCUUACACUACUCAUAGGUCUUUUUGGAGUUUGUGGUGACUAUAGUUAUAAAUUUUUUACCAAGGAUUAUUUACAAAAAAGAAAUAGCAAUCUUCUCUUAUUAGCAUACAUUUUAGAAAUAAUUGGUAUUGUGAUUUAUAGUUAUAGUGAUUCUGAUAUCAUUAUUAAAUUAUUUUUUAUAGCACAAUCAUUAUUCAAAACAUAUCUCCACUUGUUUACUUAACCUUAUUAUUCUUAACCAAUUAUGAUGUUAACUUUGCAAGGUGCUAUUAUAAGGCUUUCUAUUUCUUCAAUUAUUUUAUUAUAGAACUAUAUCAAGUUAUAAAAUAAAAGCUUUGUGUUAGCAAACUUUUUUGUUAUUCCCUUAGGAUUUGUAAUUGGAAGAGUUUUAUUAAGAAUAAGAAUAAACUAUCUUCUUGAAAAUUGCUAUGAAUAAAGUAGUCGUCUCCUUUAAUAUCAAUAGCCUAAUAAAAAGAAGAGUUUUUCAUUUAUAAACGUAGACAUAUACUGUAGAUAUAUCAUUAAUAAUUAUCAAUUAUUUUUCUCAGAAUAUUCUCUUUCUAAGUACUCCAUCUAACUAGAAUAGCUUAUAACUGACCAUAUAACCAAAUGUGAAAGUAGCCAAGAUUGUGUCUGUUCAGAUAUUUAAAAAACUCAGAAAAGAAUGGAUGAAACAGGUGAUAUCUAAAGAGAAACAUUUUUAGGUAAUUAGCAGCGCAAAAGUCUAUUGAAUUAACACUUAAAUUUGGUGUAUUUAAACCUAAUUAGAUAGAGUAAUUCUAAAAGCUUUAUAGCUAAUGUUUAUUUCAGCUAUUUUUCUUUCUUGGGUGAUAUUUUGUAAAAUUAAAACACUUUGUUUAUAGAAAUAUAAAAAUUCUGCUCUUCUUCUUUACUAAAACAAAUGAAUAUUAUUGAUCAAACUAGAUUGAAAUUAUUUGUAGAAAAUCUUUACAAUAAAUACUAAUAAAAAAUUAACGCUUAAUAGACAUAUACAAAUUACGAAAGUAAUAGCAUUUAUUCUAUAAUAUCAUAUGAUGAGAAAUUGUAAAAUGCUGAAAAAUAGUUUACUCUUUGCAUACAAAAAAAGAAAAAACUUGUUUAAUUAUUAUGCCAAUAAGAGUUUAGUCUGAAAGAUCUUUAGUAAAAUCUAUAAGAUUUAUUUGAUUCUCGAGAAUAUUUAGGGAACUUAUUAGAGAACUUAGUUGAAUUUAAAUGCUAUAGUACAUAUUUAAGGUGUUUAUGUGAAAGCUUUUAAUCCACUUUUAAAUCUAACUCUAAACUAAUCAAGCAAAUUCGUACAGUUAAAAAAAUUACUGCGUACAGCUCAAAAAUACCUUUUUACUCUGAAAACAGUUGCGUAGCCUUUUUGUCUCUUCUUGAAAAUUAAGUUGGAUAAAUUACAAGCAUUUCUAAAAAUUUUUUUGAGAUCACAUAAAUAUAUACUAACGAUCAAAGUCUAGGUAAAAAUAUAGAUUUUUUAAUACCUAAAAAUAUUGCAAAGUCUCAUUAAAGUCUGUUACAUGACUUUUUAAAGCAAGAUAGGAUCAAUUUAAAUGUAUUUACUAAGCCUCAGGCAAUUUGUUAAGAUAAGGAUGGAUGGGCAAUACCAUAUGAAAUAAAAUUUUAAAUUUCUUUUGUUAAUUAAACACUAGAAACAGGUCUUGCGUGCUGGCUAAAAAGAAUUAAAGACGAGAGGUUUCACGUACUAGCUGAUUUAAAUAAAUAAAUAUCAGUAAUCACACUUAGUUAAUAAUUAUACAGAUAAAUUUUUUCAGAAAGGUUUACUGUUAGUAAUUUAAAAAAAGUAAACCUUUCAGAGUGGAUUCCUUUACUUUGCGGUUGGCAGUAAAUUCUCUAGAGUAAGCAAAAAAAGCAAAUUAUUUAAAGUGUUAAUAAAUUAGAAGAUAAUAAUUAUUUUAAUAUGUUUGAACAGUAAGAUAGCUAUUAACGAUUUUAAUUUGAUACAAUAUUAAUUAAACCUUAAAAAGGAGUCGAUCAUACUUAAAUUAAUUAAGAGACCCUAGUUGAAGAUUUAAUAGAUUUAGAUUUAUUUAGAGUUAAUAUAGAACUAAAUUUUAUUUAAAAUAAACAAAUGGAUUAUUUACACUUGACUUUCAAUAUACUAGAACCAUUUGAAGAUGAGAGGCAAAAAUAUGAGCAUAUUUUAGAGUUUAAGCAGCUUUGUUAAGAAUUAAAUAUUUAAUUCGAAAAAUAUGAAGAAAGCAAUGAAAAUGGAAGUAGUAAAUCACCUUCAAAAUCAACAAUCAAUAGAAAGAAAUAAAAAAUGAAAUCCAUUUUUUUUGAUUAAAUCAUUUCUAGAGAUGUUAAUAAUUUAGAAAAGGCUGAAGAAUAAGGAUCAUUAGUUAAUAAUAUCCUAUCUGAAACAUAAAUAAACACAACAAGAUAGUUAUUAAGUAAUAGAAAUCAGUAUUAUAUGGGGUAAGAAAAUUCAAGUUAGACAAAUCUAAGCUAAAUAAAUUACACUCAUAUAUAAUUAGGCAAAUAUGAUGAGUUCUAAACUAAUUAAAAGUAAAAUAAUGUGGAUGGAACUCUUUCACAAUUAGUUAGCACAAAUUUACAAUUAAAUAAAAUAGAUAAAUUGAAUACUUUCAGCACAGCUAAUAAUUUUUAUGAUGAAGUAGAAUCUCCAAUUAAACAUUAUGUGGAUUUAGAAAACAGAUAACAAAAUUAUUCUAUUCUAAAUAACUUAGCCAAGCAAGAUUCCAUUAAUUAAUAUAAAAUAGGUAAUUUUUAAAAAUUUGCUCCUGAAAACAAUCAAAUAGUAGAUAAUAACUACAAUCCAUAAAUUAACAACCAAAUUAUGUCUGAUCUAAAGGUUUCAAAUGAUAUUGCAGAAUAAUAAAUUUAGUCUGAUUUCAAUAGUGAUUCUAUUUCUGGAACAAAGUAGCAAACUGUCAAUAGAUAAGCUAGUAUUUCUGGAGUAAGUUCAACAAACUCAGAAAGAUAAAUAAUAGCUAGAUUCAUUUCUAAAAAAAGUGGGUUAGCAGGAAUAUAAAUUAUCAAUUUAUUAGGAGGAGUAGCUUUGUUUGUAAUGGCUAUGUAUUCUUUAAUUAUGUUUAUUUAAACAAACUAAAUUUUAGGUGUAGAUAAGCAAAAUUUUUUAUUGAUUAAUUGGAUGAGUGGAAUUAAUUAAGUUUUAAGCAUAUCUGAUACAAAUUUAGCAGCCUUGGAAUUAAUUAGGUUGAACUUUUUUAACUUUAACUAGGAUCAAGAAAAAUAAAAUAUUGUUAAAAAUUUACAGUCAGAGCUAAUUUAAUAACAUUAAAAUUUAGUAGAUAAAAUGUAUAUAAUGUAUGACAAGCAAAGCUAAGAUUAAAUUGUAUUCUAAAAUAUUGUUGGUAAUUCUCUUUAGCUAAUACUAUAUUAAGGAACGGACGAAGGUGUAUUUGAAGUAAAUUGUAGCUUAGUUUACAAUAUAAUUACUUAAACUGGCUAUAUUGCUCUUUAAAAUCAUUUAUUAGAUUCUAAAAAAAUAUUUUAGCAUAAUAUGGAAUUGAAUUUCUAACCUUUGAAUUCUUUUAUUUUUAAUGUUACUAAUAAAAUUAAUCAUUCUUUUCAGGAAAGGUAAAGUAAUCAAAAAACUUAUUUGGUGCAGAGAAUAUCUAUUUUUGCAAUUAUUUCAUUUAUUUUUGCUAUUAGCAUCAUUCCUACCUAUAGCUUUGUAAUUAAGAAGUAAUCUGAUAUCUUGAAACUGUUCUCUACAAUAGAGCCCGAAAAGAUCAAUAUUAUGGUGUAAAACUUAAAAUAUUCAAAAAGAAUUAUUUCUAUUUCAAAUUAGAGGCAACAACUUUUAAAAUUUAAUAAGAUGCUUUCUUUUAACAGUUUUAAAAGUUUCGAAUAGAAUUAACUGCUUGUAAAAAAGAAAAAUAUAAGCAAUACAAUUGCUUUACAAACUUAAUACGGAAAGGUGACAGCAAUAGUAAUGAUAUUUUUUAUCUUCUUACAAAUAUAACCUGUAGUCGACUACUUUACUUCAACAGAGUUCUUUUAAAAUUGUUAGGAUAGAUACACUUCAUUUAUGGCAGUGAUGGAUAUGUAGUCAAUUAUGAAUGAGCAAGUUCAAGGAAGAUAUAAUAUUUUACUCUCAAGACUGUAUCCUUAAAACGCAGUUUUAGAUGUUGAAUACUAUUCUGAAUUUCUUUCAAACAGAGAUCAGUGGACUUCUGAAAACUUAAAGAGAUUCUAAGACCUCUAAAAUACUAAGAGUUAAAAUUCUCAAUAUUAGACAAGCAAAAUGACUAACAUCUACUACAAAUCUAUUGAAGUUAAUGCAUGUGAUACUUUCAAAGCAAAUCCAUAGUAUUUUUUAAAUGAUUAAUUUGAUUAUUUAUUAUGCUCACAAACUAACAGAGGAGUUUUGCUUUAAGGGCUUUAAAUUGCUUUAAAAUCAUUUGUUCAAAUUUGCAGUAGUUUUUAUCAAAUACAAAAAAUUUCAGAUAAUAAUGAAUUUUAAAAAUAAGUAAUGCAGUUUUAUUAGGCUUAUUCUUUAACAGAUACAAUUAUUUUCAAAUAGUAAUUAAAUUAAUCUUUAGAUUACCUGCUGAAUUUCCUUAAAUCAAUAAAUUCAAAUUAAUAUGAUGAUCAGAUUAAUAGAUAAAAAGUAUUUAUUGCUUGGUAAUUAACAACUAUAUUUGUUACAUUCUUUUUUGGAAUGAUAAAAUAUUCAGAUUAUAUUAAAAAGAAAAUAUAACAAACUAAAGAAUAUUUGAAUCUUAUUGAAAUAGAAGUCAUAGAGAAUAAUCCUUACCUACUUUCCUAUUUGAAGAAAAUAUCUUGAAUAAUUAAAUAUCUUAUUUAGAAGCUUAUCAUUAAAAAAUCCCCUAUCGACCCCUCUCUC